AUGGCAGAUUCGGACACCUACCUGCGGCAGCCCUGGAGCACGGUGCACGGUGUCCCCAUGGUCUGCGCCUUCGCCCAUGGCUGGGAGCGGGUGGACGCCUUCCAGAGUCGCCCCGAGGACAUCGUGGUGGUCACCUUCCCCAAAUCCGGCACCACCUGGGUCAGUGAGAUCGUGGACAUGAUCCUGAAAGCCGGUGACCCCGAAAAAUGCAAGCAGGACGCCAUAGUCAACCGAGUGCCCAUGCUGGAGUUCGCCGCCCCUGGGCAGAUGCCAUCAGGCACGGAGCAGCUGGAGGCCAUGACAUCCCCUCGCAUCAUCAAGACCCACAUCCCCGCUCACAUCUUGCCCAAAUCCCUCUGGGAAAACUGCUGCAAGAUGAUCUAUGUGGGGCGCAAUGCCAAGGACGUGGCCGUCUCCUUCUACCACUUUGACCUGAUGAACAAGCUUCACCCUCACCCGGGGACAUGGGCCCGGUACCUGGAGGAGUUUAUGGCUGGCAGAGGUGGGACAUGGCACCCCGGGGUGCAACUGGGGACC